AUGCAGCUGCCCGCUCCAGCUGAGUUCCUGGUCUCAGUGGCCCCGAUAGAUUGGGAGCAACUUGACAUACCGAUUCUUGCUCGUCCUUUCGAAGAAGAGAGGCGCCAUGAGAAGCUCUGCGAGUUUUUAAAGGGCAAGACCACUCCCCUGACCAACGCUGGAGACCCUUUUAUCAGCCAAGACCUGCUCCGCAAAUACGGAAUAGAGGUUUAUGAUCUUGACUUCGCCACCGGAAGGCCUUCCCAUGGAAAACAGGUCCUGAACCCAACCCCCCCGUACAAGAUCGAGAAGUGUCUCCGCUUGACACAGCCGUGGGAUGGGGGUGGAGAUCUUACUGACUUCAAGAGUUGCUCGUGGAACUCCGACAUUGGCGAGGCUCAGCAUUUAUACCACAUCAUCAGACGCUACCUGACCACUGUGGGACUGGGAGACGGGAAGCAACCUGGUCUCCUGAGUAUGACCCCGUGGAAGCCAUUCAUGAACAAUUAUCGACCACUCCGCCAGUUCAAGCAUGGCUGGGAAUCACAAGAAAUCUGGCGCUACACUACGAAGAAUGAGAAAAAUGAGGUUGUUGGGGAUCCGUCAGUUCCUCACAUGUUCUGCUUUGUUGCGAGUGAGCCUCGCCUCGUCGAAGGCGAGGUCUCCGUUGGCGAGAUGACCACCAUCGUCUCACUUCCAGUGAUCUACGCCUCGCACUACCGGCAUUUACCCCAUCAGCCCGUCUCUGUUACGCUUAUUUCAUGUUCGUGGCGAUUGUUCCGUGUAGUUCAGGGCAAUGUUGAUAUUGGCAAGUCUCACAUCGAGAUCCGCAUGACACCCAUCAUGAGCUUCGAGGACGGGAUCAAGAACAACUGGCUUAGGUUCAUCACCUUGUUGGGAUGGAUCAUCUCUAAUCCAGUUGGACAGGCUGAGUGA